UGGGACACCUUAGCUGUGGCUUGUACCAGUCUACUGACACACUCACCAAGGCGUAUAUAUUAGAUUUUGGUGUUAUAUAUAUCUCUUGUUUAUAUACUGACAUCUUGACUGACUACAUUCAUCGGUAAGAUAUUCAUGCAUUCAAACUAAGCAGUGUUCCUAUAUCAUAAACAUCCAAAGGAAGAUUAAGAAUUGGAUCACAUCGAUUUCAGUACUACAGACACUCAGGAUGGAUGACUAUAAACCAGAGGAAUGUCAUAUCUGUAAUAAUAAUUUUGAUGAGGGGCAACGACCACGCUGUCUGCCAUGUGGCCACACAAUUUGCUCUCAGUGUAUUGAUAAUGCUAUAAAGAAAGAUAAGCUCACCUGCCCCAGCUGCCAAGCCAAUCACAAGGCUACAAAUGUCACAGACUUCCCCAUUAACUAUGGUAUGGAAGCUCUUAUAAAUAAACAGAAAAGUAUUGAGAUGUCACCAGCAGUAUCAACAAAACGUCGUCAGGAUUACCCACAAAGCAUCAGCAAGAAGGUACGGUGCCUCUUACAAGAAGAGAAGACCAGUAUCGGUAGCCUAAUUUCUGGCUGUGAAGAGGUAUUGACCGAUCUAGGUGAUUACCGUGGGCAGCUGAGUACCUGGAAGACUAGACACCACCAACUCAAUGACAAACUUGCUGGUCUGGUAGCACAGAACAAGGCAGCAAUAGAGCUCUUGGAAAAGGAGGAUGAUAGUGUAGUGAGUAUGAUGACAGAAGGAGAGAAAGGAAAGCAGCAACUACAGGCUAAGUUGGAGAGCCUUGACAUAGCUGACACAGCACAGGAGGUCAUUAUGUCUAUUGAUGAGGCUGAUCAGUGUAAUGUUGAGGUUGAAAAUUGGCUCCAGAAGUGCCAGGAAGUCUUCCCAGAUGUGACUACUGUUCACACAUCAGUAAAGGUUCAGGAGACUAUCAAGAAGGCCCUGACGAUGAUGACUACAGAGGCAGGUGCACCAGCUGCCCCCAUCCACCUGCAAGACUUAGACUCCAAAAUCAUGGAGAAAGUUGAUGAAAUUACUGUAAACUGUGCAGAGGAGUUACAUGUCGAACAUCUACGCAGGAUGAGUGAACCCAUCAAGAGGCUGGUGGAGGCUGGCCGAGUGUUUGCUGUCCAUCAAGACAAAGAUGAUAUCCUCUCCUCAAAGAUAACUUUACAAGAUGGACAGUUGUGCCUCCACACACUUCUGCGACAGCCCCCGCCCGUGCAUGCCCGCACAGUUCAGCAUGGCGACAUUGUCGGCAUACUGGACCCCUCAUCCACCCUGGCAUUUCUUGACUUGGGGUGGGAAAAGUCAACAAGAGGGAGAGUCCAAAUCCGUCUGAGCCCUGAUACCAGGCUGGCCCGUCAGUUUGUAUUAUUAUGUACUGGCCAGCGGGGUCCCACCUACCACAAUACAAAACUUAUACACGUGGGUCUCAGGGGUCAGCCAGGGGAGUGUGUGGUGGGUGGGGACUAUGAGCGUAAUGAUGGUUCUGGAGGAGCUCCACUGCUCCCUGACUUGCGGGGCGAGUACCGGAGAUCAGGGAGUGCAGGGGCUGUGUUCUUUUGGUACAAGCCAGGAAGUGUCAGGAGUGCUAAAUUUAGCAUUAUUACCAGGGACUGUAAAGAAGGUGCUACAGUACCAAAUGUUUUCGGUGAGGUGGAGAGUGGCCUAGAUGUCGCAAGAGCUGCCGCCAACCAUACUGACAUUACUGAGGUUGCUGUUGUGGACUGUGGCAUUAUACUGCCACUUUAGUUAGCUCUCUCCAUCACUUCUGUUACAAUCACUCCUGUGUCAUCACUCAUUAGUUAGUACUUGCAUGUCAUAAUCAACUAAUGAUUUAUCACAAUUACUUCAUUAUUUGCAUAUCAUAUUGCCUCAUGAUCUCGUAUGUUACCAUUAUUUUGUGUAAAACUUUGGCUCAUUAUCAAUUACUUAUCAUUUCAUUAACAUUUAUCAACAGGUUGCUACCACUUGUCACCAUAAUCUCACUACAUACCACUUGUCAUUAUCCACUUCUACCAUUUGUCAUGACCCUGCCAUUAAUUUCACCAUAAACAUCUUGUCACCAACUUCGUCACCCUAACACUUGUCACCUUCACCUGCCAUUGACCUUCCACCAUCACUUUGCUAGUAUGUACAAGUCAUCAACUCUCGCUCAUCACUUGCCAACCCCAUAAUGUAUAAGUAGGCAGUAAACUCGCUAUCACAUGUGUCAACUGUGUUUUGUGUACUAGAGUAAUGCUAAGAAAAUUUCCUUCAGUUUAUUUGUGCAUAAACAUUCUUAAUUGAGUGCAUGUGUGCUCGAAAAAAAAAAGACCAGGGACAGGAUAUUUGUUUUUUUGGUAACUACAAAUAUUGGUGUAAGGACAGUGUUGUUGAAAGCUUAAAGUUGCAUUAGGCUUCUUAUGUACACUAAAAUACUACUCUCAGUGGCCAGUAUUACUGAACUGGUAGAAAGGUAUUGAAUAUUUGUAAGGCCAAGCAUUCUAUAAUUUAGUAUGUACAAAAAUUUUAUUUUUAUGACUAGUGAUUAAUUUUGAAUGAUUCAUCCAUGUAUUUUGAGGGGUCUCAAUUUUAAAUUUGUUCAUUAAAGAAAACACGUGGUAUGUAGAACGUUACAUAGAAGUAAUUUUGUUGAAAUACUGUACCACUGACUGGAAAUGCAACAUGUAUUUAUGUUUACUCGAGUCCUUCAUAAAUGCAAACAUUGUAUGGUUGGUUGCAUAGCUGAAUUAAAAGAAAAUUAGCAAUUACACUGUCUUAAUUUUGCAUACCAAAAUAUGAAUUAUUUUUUAGUUUUAAGCAGAGUAAUAUUCUAAUUGAAUUUGAGUACAAGUUAUACAAGAAUUGACUUUUUUUUACUGAUGCCAUUCCUGAGUGUUAUUUAAUACAGUGUUGGGUCUAGUCACUAAUAGAGAAGUAUGUAGUGAGAUUGGAUGUGAGGGAAACAGUUAUUAUGACCAGUUGGUGGUAUAUAGUGGUGGUUUAUGACAUUCGUGGUAUGUUACAUUCUAGUAACCAAAGAGGUAACACAGCCACUGUUAGAUUCUCACUGAGAAUAAUGUGAUCAUUAGUCUGCACUAUACUAAGUCUCUCCUGAAUAAUUGUUAUAUAAUAUUUUCACCCACUAUUUUUUUUUUUUUACUAGUGAUAGAAACAUUUCCAGUAGACUCAGACAUAGCCAUAGUAUAAGUGAGAGUAGCAAAAAAAAAGAAAAAGAAAAGAAGUCCUAUGUCAGAAGUCUCAGGAUGCUGUGGACCUAGCUGGGACCCUCCUAUGAACCACCAGUCUACCCAUUUAGUUGAGUAAACUUAGGCAAACUUCAGUACAACACACUAAUUUAUAUUUGAAUUCAUCAUCAUUCUCAACUUAUUGUCUUUGUAGGCAUUAAAAGUAAUUUUGGAAGGCUAACUUUAAUAUGCUUUUCAAAUUCUUGAUUUUAUAAUAAAUUCUGCACUGUCUAUUCUGACUCGUGAUGAACUACUUAGUAAAGAAUUGUCUAGCUUUUUGUACUGUAUAACCAAUAAGAGUCGAGUGCUUUUUUUUUUUCUUUUACUGUAAGAUUUUUUUUUUGUUUGUAUGCAAUAAAUUGUUUACCAAAUCAAAAUCUUC